AUGGAGCCCAGACUCCUCUGCUGGACCACUUGCUUCCUCCUGGCCAGCUGGUGUCUGCCGGUGCUGCCCUGCCCCAGCCGGUGCCUUUGCUUUAAGAGCACCAUCCGCUGCAUGCACUUGAUGCUGGAUCACAUUCCUCAGGUACCACAGCAGACCACGGUCCUAGACUUGAGGUUUAACAGAAUAAGAGAAAUUCCAGGGAGUGCCUUCAAGAAACUCAAGAAUCUGAACACUCUUCUUCUGAACAACAAUCAAAUCAGAAAGAUUUCCAGAACUGCUUUUGAAGGACUUGAAAAUUUGCUGCAUCUGUACCUGUACAAGAAUGAAAUUCAUGAACUAGAUAAGCAAACGUUUAAAGGACUCGUAUCCUUGGAACAGCUGUAUAUCCAUUUCAACCAAUUAGAAACACUACAUCCAGAGACCUUUGAAGACCUUCUGAAAUUAGAGCGACUAUUUUUGCAUAACAACAAAUUAUCUACAAUCCCAGCUGGGAGCUUUUCUCAUCUGGAUUCAUUAAAAAGACUGCGUCUGGAUUCCAAUGCUCUGGUUUGUGACUGUGAUUUAAAGUGGCUGGGGGAACUUUUACAAGGCUAUAUCCAGAAUGGCCAAACUCAGGCCGCUGCUACAUGUGACCACCCCCAAGGACUUCAUGGGCGCCCGGUUGCGUCAGUAACAGUGGAGGAAUUUAAUUGCGAAAGUCCCCGAAUUACUUUUGAGCCCCAAGAUGUGGAGGUAACCUCAGGAAAUACUGUCUACUUCACCUGCCGAGCUGAAGGAAACCCCAAGCCUAAGAUUACAUGGAUACAUAACAACAAUUCACUGGAUCUUGAGGAUGACACCCGUCUUAACAUGUUUGAUGAUGGGACACUCAUGAUCCGGAACACCAGAGAGUCAGACCAAGGCAUCUAUCAGUGUAUGGCCAGGAACUCUGCUGGGGAAGCCAAGACACAGAAUGCCAUGCUCAGAUACCACAGUCUUCCGGCCAAGCCUAGCUUUGUAAUCCAGCCCCAGGACACGGAGGUUUUAAUUGGCACCAGCACAACUUUGGAAUGCAUGGCCACAGGCCACCCACACCCCCAUAUAACUUGGACCAGGGACAAUGGAGAGGCACUGGAUGGAUCCAGGCACAUAGAAACCUCCAGUGGACUCCACUUGCAGAGCAUCACCCUGAGGGAUCAUGGCGGAUUCACCUGUCACGCCAACAAUAGUCAAGGCUCUGUUCACGCCACAGCCAACGUCAUUGUACAAGCUCCACCACAAUUUAUAAGAAGCCCCACGGACCAGGUGGUGUUGGAGGAGCAUGCUGUAGAACUUCUUUGUGAAGCUGAAGGCCGCCCACCACCAGUUAUCCUCUGGACCAAAGCAGGAAGACGGCUCCCUGUGGAAGGCCGACAUACAGUUCUUUCCUCUGGCACUCUGAGAAUUGACCGUGUAGCACAACACGAUGAAGGUCAAUAUGAAUGCCAAGCAGUCAGUCCACUGGGGGUGAGAAAGGUGUCUGUCCACCUGACCGUAAAGCCCAAAGCUCUCCCAGUGUUUACUCGACUUCCUCAGGAUGCAAAGGUAGAUGUUGGGAAGAAUAUAAACAUUUCAUGUCAUGCUCAAGGAGAACCGCAGCCUAUAAUUACUUGGAAUAAGGCAGGUAUACAGAUUACUGAGAGUGGUAAAUUCCAUAUCGACAGUGGAGGCACACUGACCAUCUACGACGCAGGCCAGGCUGACCAAGGAAGAUACGAAUGUCUGGCUCGGAAUUCAUUUGGCCUUGUUGUGGCAAACAUGUUUCUUACAGUCACUGCAAUACAGGUUAAACAAGCUGGCGAUGACUUUGUUGAAUCAUCUAUUCUUGACGCGGUACAGAGGGUUGACAGUGCAAUUAACUCCACACGAAGACAUUUGUUUUCACAAAAACCUCACACUCCCAGUGAUCUGCUGGCUCAAUUUCGUUACCCAAGUGACCCAUUUACUGUGGAGACAGCAAGAGCAGGGGAAAUUUUUGAGCACACACUGCAGCUGAUCCGGGACCGUGUGAAGCAGGGGCUGACUGUUGAUCUGGAAGGCAGAGAAUUCCGCUACAAUGAUUUGGUUUCCCCGCGCUACCUUGGCCUCAUCGCCAAUCUGUCCGGUUGCACAGCCCACAGACGUCUGCCUAACUGCUCUGACCUGUGCUUUCAUCAGAAGUACCGGACCCACGACGGAACGUGCAACAACCUGCAGCACCCGACGUGGGGCGCGUCCCUGACAGCCUUGGUGCGCGUCCUGCAGCCUGCCUAUGAGAAUGGCUUCAAUUCGCCCCGUGGGGCUGGCCGCCACAAUGGGGACGGCCGCUCUCCGCUCCCGCUGCCAAGGCUGGUUUCCACCGUGUUGGCUGGCACAGCGGCGGUCACUCCAGACCACAGGUACACACACAUGCUUAUGCAGUGGGGACAGUUUUUGGACCACGACUUGGAUCAUACAGUGCCUGCACUGAGCACCGCCCGCUUUUCGGAUGGGCAGCCUUGCAGCUCCGCCUGCACGAAUGACCCUCCUUGCUUCCCUAUUGCCAUUCCGCCAGAGGAUCCCAGGGGCGCCCAAGCACCCUGCAUGUUCUUUACACGCUCCAGCCCCGUGUGUGGCAGCGGCACAACCUCUUUGAUGAUGAAUUCAGUCUAUGCACGAGAGCAGAUCAACCAGCUCACAGCCUACAUUGAUGCUUCCAAUGUUUACGGGAGCUCAGAGCGGGAAUCCCAGGUUCUCAGAGACCUUUCUGCACCCAAGGGACUGCUGAGGACGGGCUUACCUUGGUCCUCUUCUGGGAAGCACUUAUUGCCCUUUUCUUCAGGCCCACCCACCGAAUGCACUAGAGGUGAACGAGACAGCCACAGUAGCCCCUGUUUCCUGGCGGGGGACCACAGGGCUAAUGAGCAGCUGGCUCUGACGGCUAUGCACACCUUGUGGUUCCGGGAACACAACAGGGUGGCCACAGAACUAUCAGCCCUAAACCCCCACUGGGAUGGAGACACCCUUUAUCAGGAAGCCAGGAAGAUUGUGGGUGCGGAACUUCAGCACAUCACCUACAGCCACUGGCUGCCCAAGAUUCUUGGGGACCCUGGCAUGAAGAUGCUGAGGGAGUACCAGGGGUAUGAUCCCAACGUGAAUGCUGGGAUCAUUAACUCUUUUGCCACUGCAGCCUUUAGAUUUGGCCACACAUUAAUCAAUCCUAUUCUUUACCGAUUGAAUGAUACCUUCGGUGAAAUUCCCGAAGGCCACCUUCCACUCCACAAAGCUUUCUUUUCGCCAUCCAGAAUACUCGAGGAAGGUGGGAUAGAUCCACUCCUUCGGGGGCUAUUUGGAGUAGCCACUAAAUUGCGGGUGCCCUCGCAACUUCUCAACCUUGAAUUGACAGAGAAGUUGUUCUCCACGGCCCAUUCUGUGGCUCUGGAUUUGGCUGCCACCAACAUUCAAAGGGGCCGGGAUCAUGGUAUCCCUCCAUAUGUUGACUACAGAGUUUUCUGUAAUUUGACUUCUGUUGAGAACUUUGAGGAUCUUCAGAAUGAAAUUAAAGAUUUGGAGAUAAUACAAAAAUUGAAAAAGUUGUACAGCACCCCAGGUGACAUUGAUUUAUGGCCCGCCCUGAUGGUUGAAGACCUGAUUCCUGGUACGAGAGUGGGACCGACACUUAUGUGCCUCUUUGUUACCCAGUUUCAGCGGCUAAGAGAUGGAGAUAGGUUCUGGUAUGAAAACCCUGGAGUUUUUACCCCUGCACAACUCACUCAGCUGAAACAGGUGUCACUGGGCCGUGUGCUUUGCGACAAUGGUGACAACAUUCAGCAGGUUCAGCCGGAUGUCUUUGUGAAGGCGGAAUACCCACAGGGCUACCUGAGUUGUGGUGAGAUCCCAAAGAUGGAUUUGCGAAUGUGGAAAGACUGCUGGGAAGACUGCAGGAGUAGAGGGCAACCUAGAGCAUUCGCACCAGAAUCUCGAAAGAAACGCUCUGCUCAACGCAGCUACUCUGGCAAGAAAAAGGUGGACCUAAGUGAUCCGCUUAAUAGGCAACAAGACAGCUUGAACGUGGAUGACGAUGCUACAAUUGUGUUGCUUCUGGCCAAAACAAAGUUUUUCCAGGAUUUCAGCAAUUUUGCAGCAGAAAUUCAGAAAACCAUUACAGCUCUCAAAGAGCAGAUAAACAAGCUGGAGGCACGCCUAAAGCAGGGGGGAUGCAGGGAUGAUAAAGGGACGCACAGGAGAGACCGGGAGCACUGGAUGAAAGAAGACUGCAUUAACUGUACCUGUGAGAGUGGCCAAGUCACGUGCAUGGUGAAGAAUUGUCCCUUGGCUCCAUGUCUCAGUCCUGAAUUGAUGAAAGGAAGCUGUUGUCCAGUGUGCAGAGACCAAAGAAUGCCACCUGAUGCCUCCAAGAAACACUAG